UUUUAAAUAAAACAAAAGCAAAGCAUCUUCUAUUUCUAUUCUCUUCACAUACCCCAAAUAUUGUUUUGCUUUCUCUUGCAAGUUUCAACCUCUUUUUUUCCUCCCUUAAGAGUUUAGCUACACUGAUUAAUUAAUGUAACUAUUGAAACUGUUUUUCUGUUCAUAAAUUCAUCCUAAGUUUGGUAUAUUUCUUAACAAUAAUAAUAAUCAUCAUAAUCCAAACGAUUAAUGUACGUAGUCAAUUUUGGUCAUGAAAAGUUCCAACCCAAAAUUUUAGCACUUGUUGUUCCUAUUUUGUGAUUCAUGUGAAACCCAUGAUAUGAAUCCUUUAUCAUAUAGUUCCUCUUUUUUAGCAUCAAAGAGCAUAAUAUAAAAAACAGAAUUUUAUUAGACCCAUUUCAAAGUUUCUAUCUUUCCUUUCUGGGUUCUUUUGUUUUUCAAAGAUCAACAACAUUUCUUAUUUUCAUUCUCUUAGCAUUUUUACUGUGACAAAUUAGAAAGAAGAAAAAAAAACAUUUUUCUCACCAUGAGUUUUCUAAAAGGAUCUCCUAAGAGCAAUUGGCAACCCAUUAUGACUAUUAAGACAAACACUCAAAGUUAUUGGCUUAAUUGGAGGGUUUUUCUUUGUGCCAUUUGGCUUCUUCUUUCAAUAAUUUUAUCAUCAUUUUUUAUUUGGAAGUAUGAAAAACGUUUAAGAAACUCUGAAAGAAAUGGUAGUGGAAGUGAAAUCCAAGAAGAAACUUCAGCAGCAACAUUGUAUGAGGAUGAAACUUGGAGGCCUUGUUUAAAAGGAAUUCACCCUGCUUGGCUUUUGGCUUUUAGAGUUGUUGCAUUUAUUGUUCUUUUGGUGCUUCUCACUAUUGAUGCUUUUGUUGUUGGAGGAGACAUUUUCUUUUAUUAUACUCAGUUGACAUUUACUUCAAUCACCAUUUACUUUGGGCUAGGAUCAAUACUUUCAAUGCAUGGAUGUUACCAACAUUAUAAGAAAACAAGUGGAGAUAAAGUUGAUAAUGUGGAUGGAGAUGUAGAAAAAGGAAUGUAUGAUGUUCAUGCACUUCCACAAAGUUUUAAUGCAACAUUCCAAGAGAAAACUUUAGGAGCCUCAGAAGAAGAAGUUGUUGUUCACCAACAUGCAGGAACUUGGGGCUAUAUUUUUCAAAUAAUAUUUCAGAUAAAUGCAGGUGCUACAUUGCUCACUGAUUGUGUAUUUUGGUUUGUAUUUGUUCCAUUUCUAACCAUCAAUGAUUACAAUCUAAAUUUUUUGGUAAUCAAUAUGCACUCAAUCAAUGCUGUUUUCCUCAUAGGUGAUACAGCUUUAAAUUCACUGCCGUUCCCUUUGUUUCGAAUGGGAUACUUUUGCUUAUGGACAACAACAUAUGUGAUUUUCCAAUGGAUUGUUCAUGCUUGCAUUAAUCUCUGGUGGCCUUAUCCAUUUCUUGACUUGUCAUCUUCAUAUGCUCCACUAUGGUACUUUGCUGUGGCAUUAUUUCAAAUUCCAUGCUAUGGUAUUUUCAGUUUGGGAAUGAAGCUGAAAUAUUAUGUGUUGUCAAGGCGCUACCCGAAUCGGUAUCAACGUGUUAUAUAAUAUAUAUCGGAUUAGGACUAAACCAAACUAAACUAGCUUCAAUUUGUACGCACAACGUCAAUUUUACAAUGAAGGAAGACAACGAAGGAACAAACUGUCACAUAUAUAAUCAAUCUUUAAGAUUGAGAGUUUUUCAAAGGUUACUCAAAAACACUUUUUUGGUCUGUUUUCAAAAAGGUUGUUUACUGUCACUUAUUGUUCGCAUAAAAUGAAAUUUAGGUGUAAGUGUAGUUUUGAUUUCUCUAUUUUUAUCAAUUCACUAAAAUAGUUUCUCUAUUUUAAAAGUCGGCCGUUUAGAUUUCUCAUUCAUAUUUUUGAACUAAAAAAACUAUUCUGACAUAUUUUAAAUAAUGUUGAAUAAUGUGAGAUACAAUUUCACACUA